GUCUGAUUUGGAGGAACUCAACGCCUCUCCCUCAGUGCUGGGGAGAGAUCGGUGCCUUGUCUGGAAAACCGUGGAAUGUGCCCUUGGAGGCCCCAGAGAGCCAGAGGAAGAUGCUCCAGACCAGUAACUACAGCCUGGUGCUCUCUCUGCAGUUCCUGCUUCUGUCCUGUGACCUCUUUGUCAAUUCCUUCUCGGAGCUCCUCCGAAAGGCUCCUGUCAUCCAGCUGGUGCUCUUCAUCAUCCAGGAUAUUGCAAUCCUCUUCAACAUCAUCAUCAUCUUCCUCAUGUUCUUCAACACCUUCGUCUUCCAGGCCGGCCUGGUCAACCUCCUGUUCCAUAAGUUCAAAGGCACCAUCAUCCUGACAGCUGUGUACUUUGCCCUCAGCAUCUCCCUCCACGUCUGGGUAAUGAACUUACGCUGGAAAAACUCCAACCGUUUCGUCUGGACAGAUGGACUUCAAACGCUCUUUGUAUUUCAGAGACUAGCGGCAGUGCUAUACUGUUACUUCUACAAGCGGACAGCUGUGAGGCUGGGAGACCCUCGUUUCUACCAGGACUCCCUGUGGCUGCGCAAGGAGUUCCUGCAAGGCCGAAGGUGA